AUGGCGCCGACCGGGGGUCAGAAGUCGUCGGCAUCACCCAUCACCACCGCCCACGCCAGCGUGUCUUCGGGUCGCCAGUUCGCCGAAUCCAAUUCCACCCUCAAUGCUUUCCUAGGAGGCCGUAAGCCUUCAUGGCUAACCAACGCGAAACCGACCAAGCCCUCGCCUCGUCCUCCGCAGCCUCAGCCUAUGCAACCACCUGUAUCUGCACAAGCCGCACAACCCUCCGUGACAGCCUUGCAAUCCACACAACCGCAACCACGACAACCGCAGGAACCACAGGAACCACAACAACCACAGGCGCAAACGCAAACGCAGCCACAACCUCGAUCACAACGACCUCCGCCUCCGCCCCCGCCGGCACAAGCUCCGACUCCCGCUUCAGUCCCAUCAGCGGUGCCUAUCCCUCCCAUCUCGUCUCGCCAGCGGCAUCAGCACCUGCCAGAGCAGACACAUCUCUCAUCACCAUCAGCGUAUGCCGUGCUCCCUUCGCCAGCUCCUAGUGACGAGCCCAGCCCAUGCAUAUCUAUCAGCCGCGAAAGUUCCGAAGCCGCCAGCUCUCUCCCCCCAGCCCCCCCCGAGUCUCGAGACGGUCCUCGAGUGACCGCAGCUCAUUUUGUACUAGACGAUACUCUGCGCGGUCAACAGGAGCACCAGGCGCAACACCUGGCCACGCCAGUAAUAACGAGGCGGAGUACCUCACGACAGGGCAGCGAGGCGUCGGCUGCCCGGAAAUCCUCGACGCCAGCGAACAUGGUUAUCAAUACACCUCCAACACCGGGUGCGCCGGUCUUGAACGUGGGGACGGCCUCAGGAGACGUACUGCCAAAUCCCCCAGCAAAGAGACGGCGUGUUGCAAAUCCAUCCAAACUCUUCCUCGAAUCCAUCCAAGCUAUGAAUACACUCACGAGUUUUUCGCGAGAUAGUGGCGCCGAGCACGACUUAUCAGGUACUGUUGAAAAACCACGGUACCUCCUCUUGAGGGAGGCUUGCGAGACAGGGGACGUGUUCUUCAUUGCACUGCACCAGCUCUUCUGCGCGUGGGCAAUGAAUCAAAGUAGUGUGCAUCAGCUCUGCGACGAGAGUUUGCACGACACCUCUCUAAUCGACAACGCAUUUGGAAUAAUGGGUACGGUUCUGAAAAGCAACUCUAAAGUACGGCCAACGCUGCUUCAGUGGUUCACGGCAUUCCCGGCCUCGCUAGACGUCAUGCGCCAUCACCCUUUCUACGCCAAUACAAUAACGCAGGUCCUAGACUUCCUGGUGCGCGUGUCUCACAGAUGGAUGGUUAUGAACCAUAACCAUCAGAUAAACGGGUACCCUCUGCUGAUGAGCGAGUUACUCGACUCCUUCCUACUAUACUCUCCGCUAUUUCAGGCCAUCGUCUUCCGUGCCUCUAGGAGAACAUUGGGCGUGGCCGACCAACCGUAUGGCGCGCAGAUGGAGGAUAUCUUCAAAGCAGAUCAGAGAAAGCACCGCAAUCCCGACGGUACAUUCGCACUGCGCUUUUCUCCCGCGGAAUACCAGGCCUAUAAUCAUUCUCUGAUUACGCAGUACAAAUCCAUCGUAAUGCAGAAUCAAGCCUUGCAGAAUCAGCAAUCACACCAUUCCGGCCAGCCUUCCUUGUUGCCGCCGUCGACGACUAGUUCAGCCCGCCGAAUUCAAUCCGUUCCUAUGGCCCAGGCACAUGUACGGAGGGACUCGAUGCAGGCGGGCACCAUGCUGUCCCCGGCCACGACAGUUGCGAGUCCAAUGCCUGGGAUCCAAGUGCUCUACUCACAAGCUCGUGCCCCUUCUCCGAUGAACACCCAAAGCCCAACGACCACGCCAAGCGGCUUUCCCAGUCAGACACACGCAUCAGUUUCUUCUCCAAACCAAUUCAUGGUGCCACCGAAUCAUGUGGUGCCGAGUAACUCGUCGGCAUCGCCUGAGAUGUAUAGCUUCCCUUCUCAGUCGCCUAGCAUCGCUCAUCAAAUGCAUUCUAUGCACGACAAUACCCAGGCACAACCCAUUCUUCAACAAUACCAGCAACAAUACCACCAGCACAACCAGCACCACCAGCAACUGCAACAGCAACUGCAACAUCAGCAACAGCAGCAACAGCAGCAACAGCAGCAGCAGCAACAGCAACAGCAGAUGCAGCAACAACAGAUGCAACAAAUGCAACAUCAGUCUCUCCAUCCACAGCCGUCCAAUGUGCAACAGCAGCGGCAGCGGGCUUUUGCAAGACGCCGCUCUCACCACUCGGCCGUAGCGUUGAGUCCCCGGUCGUCUCCUCUCCAACAUCAUAUUGUACUGUCAAACCAGGCAGCAUACAGUGGGCAGAACUCACCAGUACUCACUACUUUCACCGGUCCAGCUGUGCACGUUCAAUCCCAGCGCGGUUCGAUAUCUGCCCAAGGUGUUGCCUACCAGAAUCAUGCCGUAAACAGCACCUUGCCAUACAAUCCCAACCCGGGAGGGGUCACGACUCAAUUACCCGUGCAACAGCCAACCCCUGUGAACAAUCAACCAAGUAUUGUCAGACCACAAGCUUCCACAGUACGGCCACAUCGUAACACGGUUCAGCCCAGCGACAAGCUGUUCACCACGGCAAGGAUCAAUCUCAUAGACUAUCCGCAUACACCCUAUGACAAGAGAUCGGUCGACAAUUCCCUGCACCAGGUACACCUUCGGAGUCCGAGGCGUAUACCCCGAAACUUAACUACAUCUACCUCGUCGGAACGAUAUUAUCAGGCUAUCAAAGACUUUGCGCUAUCUCCCACCAUAAUUGCCCCUCAGCCCUUCUUGCACAAAUUCAAAUUUGCUAUUUCGAGUACGGAAUGCGCUAGACUCACACUGGAUGAGACGACGCGAGGAGACGCAUUGCCUGUUAAUCGAUUCUCCGACGGCUCUCUGCGGGUUCGCAUAAGGUGCUGUUAUAGGCAGCAAUCUGAUAUACCCGUGCCCGACAACCUUUGGGUGACUACUGAGUCAGCGUGGCCAGAGCACAUUUUCAUGGAAUUGAACGGUCAUGUCUUGAGCGUCAAACGCAAAGCGCAUCAUUCCAAGGAUCUUCCCGUCGAAGCUUCGACGCUCAUAAGGCCUGGCGAGAAUUUGUUGACUGUCUCGAAUCUCGAUGAGAACAAGGCGUCUAACCCUCAGCAACCGUACAUAGCUGUCGAGAUCGUCGAAAUUCUGAGCCACAGUGCUGUUCUCGACAUGGUCCGUACGCAGGGGAGCAGAACCGCUGACGACACUCGAGAAAUCAUCAGGAGUCGCCUGGCCGGCUCAUCGGGUAACGGCAGUGGGGGUCGAGGCGACGACGGGGAUGACGACUUGGAAAUUCCCGAUGAUGGCAUAUCCAUCGACCUGGCAGACCCAUUCACUGCCACAAUGUUCCGGAUCCCUGUCCGUGGGAGGACCUGCACUCAUCUCGAGUGUUUUGAUCUUGCGACCUGGCUCAAUACCCGACUCGGGAAGAAGUCAUGUGUCUGCGGAUCUGGCUCCUCAGACUGCAUACGAUGUCCCAAAGAGCCGUCCUUCGUCGAUAAGUGGAAGUGUCCUCUUUGCGACGGCGACGCGCGUCCCUAUAGCCUUUGCAUCGAUGGAUUUCUUGUUGAAGUCCGGGCGCAGUUGGAGGCCGAGAAUAUGCUGCGCACCAAGUCAAUCAUCGUGUCUGCUGACGGGUCGUGGAAACCCAAGGAACUGGUCAGCGGUGAUGAUAGCGACAUCGAUAGCGACGAUGACAUCACUCCGGCGGCCAAGAUGACUCCAAGACCCUCUAUGGCUCCGCAACGGGAGGUUAUCGAGCUUGAUGACGACUAG